GUGACCAGCCCCAGGAUAAAUCCAGCAUCUUCAGCAGCACUCUUCUGGUUCAAAGGACAUUUAGAAUGCCAGAACCAGAGCACGAUACCACUGAUCUCUCUUGCACGUUACCCCAAAACGCUGAAAAUGAAACGAUAACUACCAACUCGUCACAAUUGUUGGCGGAUAGUGUUUGCUCUGAUGCUGACAUUCAAGUUAAUAGAAUUGACACCAGUGAGUCCACUAUUGAAGAUAAACCCAGAGUUUGGCCUACGGAUAAGACACCCAGACGGACAGUUAUCAGUAAGAAAGGCCAACUGACAUGGAGCACUGAGGACACGGAGAUCCUCGCAAAGGACGCAGACCAGCCUUCAUCCCCAAAGAAAAUCAGGCUGUCCAGGAUGAACAGCAUGGAGGAAAUGACUGUGCAGAUAAAGAAUGACAACAGAGAAGCUUCAGUGUGUCCAUCAAUGCGCUGGAGCCAUACGAUGUGUCUGAGCGACCCUGACACAGCCAUCCUCAUCGGAGGGGAGACAGCAGGUCAAAACCACUGCAAGGACUCCCUGUGGAAACUGGAGUUAGACAAUGACUUCUGGUUCCCCAUGAACUCCUCCUCCUCUGGAUCCGUGCCACUAUGUGCCCGAGGACACUCUGCGACCUACGACCCAGACUCCAAGUCAGUGUUUGUUUACGGUGGUCUGAGGGAGGGUCAGCGCUACAAUGAGCUCUACAUCCUUAACACUCUGACCUGGACGUGGAGGCUUGUCACUGCAAAGGGGAAUGUUCCAAAUGUGGCGUAUCACUCGGCAGCCUUUUACAAGAAAGAGCUGUUUGUCUUCGGUGGAGUUCAGCCGAGCCAUUCUUCUGUGGAUAAAUCCUGCAGCAAUGUUCUGUACAUCUUUAACCCAGAGUUUGAACUCUGGUACCAGCCGAUUGUGGAUGGGGACAGACCUCUGCCUCGGUUUGGGCACUCGGCUACACUGCUGUCAAAUAAGUUGAUCAUAUUUGGUGGACGGAAGACUGCUACCUACCUUAACGAUCUCCAUGUUCUAGAUCUGGGCCUCAUGGAGUACACAGCUGUGAAGAGUGGGAAUAUGCCACCGCUGCCCCGAGGUUUUCAUGCAGCUCUACCAGUUUCAGACGACAGGAUUUUAGUCAGUGGAGGUUGCAGUGCAAUUGGAGCUCUGCAGGAUGUCCAUAUCUUAAACACUAAGACCAACAUGUGGAGCUCAGUGGCGUCUCCCCUGCUGUGUUCCAAGCCUCGUGCAGGACACAGCAUGAUAACGUUGGGCUGCUCCAUCCUGACAGACGCAGAGAACAAGGAAAAUGUCAGCGUCCACUGCAGAGUGCUCGUGUUCGGUGGAUCAGACUGCUCCGGUACCUUCUACAAGGACACAGUCAAGUGUACAGUGGAGAUCCCUGGGGACAAGUGAUUGGAAGAAACCCAUUCGGGACAAUUGUUUGUUUUUAAACGGUAGAGGAUGCUGAGGUCUAACAUGACAGAAAAAUGUGUUAGGAUCUAUGUUGUUUUUCUAUUUGGUUGUUUGUCUUUACUUCAUAUCAUUUUUGAAUGAUGUGAUCUUCUGCUAUUGUUCCUUU